AUGGUUAUUUUCAUUCUGAUACUUCUAAGUAUUUUCUUCAAUCUUUUAACGAAAUGGAGCAAACCCAAUUCUUCAAAAUCCAUAAAAAACUCACCACCAUCUCCUCCAAAGCUUCCAAUAUUAGGAAACCUCCAUCAACUUGGCCCACUCAAACACCGCACUCUCCAAUCCUUUGCUCAAACCUAUGGUCCCAUGAUGUUGCUGCAUUUUGGUAAGGUGCCAGUGUUUGUGGUUUCAAAUUCUGAGGCGGCAUGUGAGGUUAUGAAAACCCAUGACCUUGCUUUCUGCAGUAGGCCACAUCGUAAAAUGUUUGAUAUUUUCUUUUAUGGUUCUUCCGAUGUGGGAUGUACUCCUUAUGGCGAAUAUUGGAGGCAAAAGAGGAGUAUUUGCGUCAAGCAUAUUUUGAGUAUGAAAAAAGUUCAAUCUUUUAGUGCAGUGCGAGAGGAGGAAAUUGCCACAAUGACGGGAAAAAUUAGGCAAGUGGCUCUUGGAAGGAGAUAUAGUGGAGAGGGUGGGAGUAAGCUGAGGGAGCCUAUGAAUGAGAUGGUGGAGUUAUUGGGUGUUUCAGUUUUGGGGGAUUAUAUACCUUGGCUUGAUUGGUUGGGAAGAGUUAAUGGGGUAUAUGGAAGAGCAGAGAGAGUUGCUAAACAAUUUGAUGAAUUUUUUGAAGAAGUUAUUGAUGAGCAUGUUAGUAAGAGAGACAAUGAUGUUGAUGGUGAAGGCCAGAAUGAUUUUAUGGACAUUUUGCUGGGGAUCCAAAAGACAAACCCCAUAGGCUUCCAGAUUGAUAGAACAACCAUAAAGGCUUUGACGAUGGAUAUGUUUACUGCAGGUACUGAAACUACCUUCUCAUUCCUAGAGUGGGCAAUGACAGAACUGUUAAGACACCCAAAUGUGAUGCACAAAUUGCAAGAUGAGGUGAGGAAUAUGGUGGGUGAUAAAGCACAAGUAACUGAGGAGGAUUUGAGUAACAUGCAUUACUUGAAGGCAGUGAUUAAAGAAGCUUUUCGCUUACACCCUCCAGUUCCCUUGUUACUUCCAAGGGAAUCCGUGCAAGAUAUCAACGUGAUGGGUUAUGAGAUUGCAUCUGGCACACACAAAUUUGUUAAUGCUUGGGCAAUUGCAAGAGACCCUUCAUGUUGGGACCAACCACUAGAAUUUCAACCAGAGAGAUUCUUGAACAGUUCAAUAGAUGUGAAAGGACAUGAUUUCCAAUUGAUCCCAUUUGGGGCAGGAAGAAGGGGUUGCCCAGGCAUAACCUUUUCCACGGUUCUGAAUGAACUUGUCAUGGCAAACCUUGUUCACCAAUUUGAUUGGACUGUGCCUCAUGGAGUAGUGGGGGAUCAAACAUUGGACAUUUCUGAAUCUACUGGGAUGGCCGUUCACAAAAAAUUUCCUCUAGUGGCAAUUGCAUCCCCACGUAUAUAUAAGAAGUGA